AUUAUUGCAAUUAAACAAAUGUCAACAUAUUGUAAAGCUGUUACAAGACGUCAACAGUGUCAAAAUUUUAAUAGCAUUUGUAAUGUUUGUGAAUCAUAAAUGAUUAUUUUUUAGGGAAGAAAGCAAAUUAGGAAUAUAACUACUGCAAAAUGAAAUGAGCAAUUGUCAAGAUUUGAAGGUAAAUAUUGACCUGAUAGUUAAGUGCAUUGAAGAAUUAAAAUUACAAAGGAGCGAACUGUCACUGCUAAUAGAAAAGCAAUUAAAGGAAAAAAAUUGCCUCGAAGCUGAAAUAGAACGAAUCACUUACAAGCUGGGAUUAUUAUCAAAAAACUUGUGCCAGAGAAUUGCAACAAAAGAAGAAUAUGAUAAAACAAUAAAAGACGCAGAAGAAAUGUACAAUCACCUUACAGCAUCGUCUUCAGCACUUUUACAAAAUGUCACAAAAAAUAGUACACAAUUGCAAGAAGCAAUGGACAAAAAGGUAGGAAGCGACUCUAUAAUAAAUGUUUUUGAAGAAGUCAUGAAGACAAGUGAUAUGGUGAUUCAAAGUCCAACAAAACUGGCUACAGACGCUCAUUUAUCAGAAAUUCCAAACGUUUCAGGGCACCCAAGAAAUGUUCCUGAAAUUACCACUCAAAAUCAAUUAGUUGUUGAAAGCACUGAAAAUACAUCUGAUUUAGAUGAUGAUUUUGACUUUGCGUUAGCUUUAAGAAAAGAAAAUGAAGCUCUCAAUGAAGCAAAAGAAAGUGAUGCUGAUACAUAAAUUUAUAUAAGUACUUAUAAAGAAGACUAUGAUGUUUAUUAAUUUAAUUUAGAUUCAAAUUGUGCAUGUGAGAAAAAUAAAAAUUUAUUAGUUCAA